CUGAGUAACUUCAAAUACAAUCAAACUUCUUAAGGAGGAAUUACAGAUCAAAGUCCACGACCUCAGAGCACAGUCGUGUCUGAGCAGACGACAUUGAGCAUACAACCUUCGCGCGCGCGCGUUACGAAACGUAGAACUGACAAUGCAAUGCCAAUGUGCCUGCAUUAUUUUAUGCAUUCAAAAGAUUGGUCGGCUAGGAAACGGCGCCUAGUUCGUGAAUAGCUUGCAUACUAGACUAUCAGGUCAGCUUCAGUGAACUUCGACACUUGCCGAGCACGGUCAACUUCGAUGCAGUCGAGUAUCUCUCACGCCUCCUCCUAGCCUCCGCAACGUCUUCAUGCAGGCUGAGUUGUUUCUGCGUGCAGUGUAUUCCCAAGGGGGUAGGAAUAUACACGCAUAUACAGCGAUGCAUAGGUAGCAUCUGUGUGAGAACACAUAUUGAGGUGUUCGUGUUGUAUCCUAGUACCCUACUGUAUAAUUACACGGAGCGUGAAUCUUGGUUUAUAGUGUCAUUAUUGUUCUUGUUACGUUCAAGAAAGAUGCGAUCCACUGUCUUGAAUUAACCACACAUGGCAGAGCUAAGCUUUACGGGGCCCCGCAAAAAAUCUGAUGAUACCGCUCGUUUCAACAUACCAACAUACCUUGACGUCACAAGACAUGCCCCCUGUCCCUCCUCAAUGACGUCGCAUUCAACCCAAUUUGAUUAUAACCUCAUGUAGCAUUGAUGGCUGCUAUCCAAGGCCUACAUCAGGAGUAGAUUGGUGUUUCAAACGUUCCUUAUCGAUUUCAAGAAGUUUAUCUCCUUUCAAAGAGAAGCAUAACUCUCACAUUCCUUAUCUUGAGACGUCUCCCAAUAAGAAGAUUUCAAAAAGAAACUGACAAUAAAUAGUGAAACUUGCAUGCACAAGACACAUGAACACUAUACUUACAUGGACAAAAGGUGGGUGAAUACAUCAAACUGACUGAAGACUUCUCCUAUUUCUCCUACUUCUCGUGUAAUGUUUCGGUGAUACCGAAGACAGUGAACUUAUCAACCUUCACCACUCUGAUCUCCAAGUCAGGCCGUGUUCAGUCCGCUAAGGUGUUAGAGGUAUACUGCUUCAGGUGUUGGUGUCUUCAGAUCAGCAAUGUCGUGUAACCCUUCAAGCAUGCGACUGAACUCUCUGGAGUCUAUAUGGUACUGCAACCUUGCCGUGGUGAUCACCAUGUUCCUGGUCUUCGAUGGGAACCGUCGCUACCAACACUAUGCUUCACUCACAUGGCCGGAAGGAGAACGACCCACUCCAGAGCUGAGGCUGUACCUGUGCCUGAUCAUCAUGGCGGCUCUCCUCAUCACAGCCUUCAUACCUACCCAAUACUUCAAGGUGGGAAACCAUGCUAAUGACCAGUCCAAACUCGGAGCUACCAAACGAAAGCGAAAGAAAAAGAAAUCUGACGAGACUAAGACUCCAAAGGACGAUCAACGAAACGAUGGCGACAAUGAUGAGGAGACCAUCGCUCACGUCAUCCGCCUGGUGGUCCAGACCGUGAAGUCAUGUAGGAAGCAUCUUGGACCGAUUGGAGCGACUAUUCAUAUCACAUCAGCGUUCUGUCUGCUUCUACCUGUCAUCUUCCUCCAAGCUAGAGCCAUUCAAUCCGGCAUUCUACCUCCAGAAAUGAUCUGGAAAUCGGAAGUUGGGGAGAUAUUUCUCGUCGAGGAUUCCAUAAAUAUUACCCAUCUCCGGAUCCAUGCAUUCGUCGCUCCAUCUAUCGAGUAUCAAUCGAUCUUACCCACCGAGACAACACCGUCAGCACAAAACCAGUCUAAUCCUGUCUCAUCCCUUGAUGAAUCCUUCAGCGCAGUUGUAGUCACUAUUAACUACCUCAAUUACGUGAUACCACUCUUCAUCUACGCCAUCCGCUACGCAGACGUAUUUUGGGCGUGUCACAAAGGUUUCGCGCUCUUAAUUUCAAUACAACUCAUGAUGAAUGCAGUGCAAUAUGCAUUAGGUUUCAUUGGCAUGUCAUUGCUCUAUAAACUACACUGGUUUGGCUGGGAAAAGUACAACAUUGGCACGCAACCCGUCUUUUCAUCCGGUCCAUCUUUAAUCCCGGCAUAUUUAAUCAACAAUAUCGCCGUGUUCGUAGCAGCGGCCAUUUUGUAUUUGUACGGGUACGGUCGUUUGAAGCAUGUUCAGAUGAGGAGAACUAGAUCUGAUGACGAUGUGCCGAUUGAGACAUUAUUCGUUCUCAAGUAUAAUGGAUUUUUGCCACAAAUUGCAGCCAUAUGUGCUCUUGUCGUCUUCAUCUCAUGCAAGACCCCGUUCAUACUUGAAUACAUGACCGUUUAUCGAUUCUCUGGUGAUGAGAGGAUGCUGGGUUGUGUUGUUUUUGAUAGUUUAUACAUCGUCAUGUGGUUCGUACUGUGGAUAUUCCUCACGGUCAAAAGGCAUUGGGCUUUCAGCCACAUUCACCAAACUGAUGAUUAUGAACAGUACGACAGGGGAAUACCACUGCGUUUGACAGAGGGAUUUGAACCAUCGUCUCGUAACGACAAAACCAUGAUGGAAACACAGCUCACAGGUGUUGCCAACCAGACUGAUCCGGAACAAUGUCAAUGCAAAAAGAAAAAAUCAACCUUUCCAAAUGGAUACCUGACAAUGAAAUACGCCCAAAAUGGAGAAAUGGUCGACAAGUAUACUAAGGUCAAUGACGUUCAAACACCAGACGACGAGCGCCCUCUACCGCUGGCUGAUGUUCCAACAGUUGUCGAUCCAAAUGUACCCCCUGACACAGACGUUAAUAUAUUUUCGAAUCCGUUAUCUACGGCAUAACAAGCGCUACUUUGUGUAUCCAGAUAGUUACAAAAUGGCAUUUAUUUAUUUCAUUGUGAUGUUCAUGUACAAACAACAUCAUACUCAUAGGAUAACUAUCAUUUACCAAGCAUUCAUUUUUGAUAUAUCCUCUCAAUUUUCUUUUACAAAAUGAAUGUGACACAUUUAAAGAGAGUGUAUCAUGACGAGUUUCUUUCCCGUGGCCCUACUCGGGGUCAAUCGGGUUAAACGACUACGCACGACGCGACCGCAGCAUUCAACUGCGUGCAACAUACGCGAAACCGAAGCGUAAGGAGAACUUCGGUCUGUUUCGCGAACGCUAGCGCGCGCUGACCCAGUUAAUCAAGUCCAUUCGUUUCCGUGCAGUUGUCCAAAAGAAGACGUAGAUGGCCAGUAUUUGCCAUGAUACACUCCCUUUCAGACAAGGUAAUCAUGGAAGAUAUUACAAGUCUGAUAUCAUGAAAACUAUUGUGUCCUCAACUUUGUUAUCAUAAAAUAUAUAUAUUUUUUUAGUUAAUUUCCGACUGGGUGAUUGGGUUGUUGCUUCUCAUUGAAAUAGAAAAAACACCUCAUCAAAUCUAAAUCACGUUUUACUUGAUUUUCUUCCCAAGUUUGAUUUCAUUCGAUGUAGCUGUAAUUCAUUCUAAUGCACUUAAUUAUUCAUAUGAAACUGGCCACUUUAAACAUUAGAGUUAUUUAUUUUAUGAGUGGACAUCUGAGGCACAAUGUUAACUUUCAAGCUGUGACGCCUCAAGCUCAACAAAGCCAAAUUAUUUUCUAUUAUAUUUGAAGAACGUCAGAUGUUUUUGUUCUUGCAUUUUAUGGGCAUAUGUAUGUAAUGGCGUCCUCUGAUGGUGCAACAAAACAGAUUAUCAUUGUUUGAUGUUUAUAUAUAUUUAGUGUAACAUAUAUAAAUAUAUAUUUUGAGUGGUUAUUUAGCAAAAGAGUUUGUAUAUUUGCCAAUCUCAUAGUAUUUAUCGCAAUUAAUUGUUUUGAUUUACGAAGGAUGAAUGAUGUUAUGAAAUACAGUUUAAGAUUUCAAAAACUA